AUGGGCAAGGCCAAGAAGCUACGCUCCAUUAGUCACAAGAAGCGUAUACCACCUACAGGUUGUCCGUCUUCCACUGAGCUACAAGAACUUUGGGAUGUAGAUUUUAACACGAUGACAGUGGACGAGGCACAGCUAUUUAAGGGCCUCGUAGAUCUGCGAGGCGCCGUGCGUGAAGCCACGUGCAUGACGCUUGCCACUAUGUUUGGUGAUGCAGAGAGCGACGAGCUUGAAUUUAAGAGUCGCCGUAAACUUCAGCGCAUGGUGGAUGCUGGACUCCUCACGAAGCUUAUUCCGCGGGUUGUGGACCCGCUGCCCAUGGUACGUCAGCAUGCGCUAGGCGCGCUGCGCAACAUGAGUGUAACGGGUGGUCAUGAGCUGUGUGAGAUCAUGACAACGCAAAAUGUUGUAACGCCUCUUGCCAAAGUUAUUACAGAGAACACCACCGAAAAGGCGCUUUGUGGUAGUGGAGAUUUACGCGCUGUGCAGCUGCUGGAACAGGCUGUGUCACUCCUUAGUAAUUUAUGCGAGAGCUGCCAGGCAGCUAUCAAUGAGAUGACUGAGGGUGAAUUGCUACCACUUAUCUUUAAGAUAGCGAAGCUGGCUCGCACGCAUCCGGUUCUGCAUUUAGAGUCGUUGAAGUUACUGCUGCUGAUCUCAGAGGGCAAUGCGCAGAUAAACGACAUUGUUGGAGUGAAUGCAAGUUACCAGCAGACGAUUGCAGACCUUAUACAAGCGCCAGUGGAUCAACUGUCCCUACACGCUCGACUUGAAGCAGUAGGCAUCGCAAUGAACGUGCAGUCCGCGAUGCAGAUGGGCAACAAUGUGGCUCGAGUGGUGCCUAUUCUGGAGGCGGCACUGGCAUAUGAUGCAGCGAGUGUAGUGCAUAUGGCGCAGCAGGCAUCGGAUCACUAUGAGCUAUCGCAACGGUCCUAUUUGGAAGAUGCGAACGUUGAUGACGACAAGUUGAUUUCCGAGAAAGAGCAGAAGAUCACUAUCGCGCAGAUUAAGGUUCGUACAUGGCGUGACAGUGUGCAAACGCUUACGCUGGCGCUAGAACUGGUUGCUGAUCUGGCUGCGUCUGGAGAUGACAAUGAAGACGAAGAAGAGUGGGCCAGCGACGAAGAAGACGCUAUGGAGGAGUAUGCAGCGUCGCGAAUGGACACGGGUGAAACUAUCUGCGCAAAUGGCAGUCCAGUGUUGAAGUCACUCGAAACGAGCCGCAUAUUUCCACUUUGCGUGAUCAUUCUGCAAGGACUUGUGUCAAUCCCGCAACUUGCUACGAAGACGAUCAGGAAUGAUUUUGAGAAGAUGCGUAUUCGUAUGUGCAACGCUGUUAACAAUCUUCUGCUGAGUUUACCUCGGAAGGUUAUUGGUGAAGAUAUAGUGCCUCAGGUUUUUCGCAAUCUGUGUCAAUUGUAUGGAAACAUGAAUCGCGAGGUUGAGGCUGCUUCUGGUGCUCCUACCGAUUUUUCUUUAGAAAGCGGUGCAACGAACGACCUCGAGGUUGCAGUGACUGCUGCAAUAUUGUCUGCGCUGCGUUGUAGCAGCUUAGACAACCGUCAGUUAGCCGUGACUGCUGAAGACGCUCAGCUUAUUGUGAACUGCGCUGCUCACGGACGCUCUUGUGAGUCUCGACAAAAUGCAAUUGGCAUAAUCGGGUGCAUGGGUAAGCGCUGCUCUAGUGCGGUUGAGAAGGAGACUGUUGGACGCGCUCUUGUGUCACGACUAGACGACUCGAGUUUGGAGGUGGUGGUCGAGACAAUUAACGCCAUUUUUGACGUUUACGACGCCGAGGAGUUUGACGAUACGUUUCGAGCGCUCAACUUUCUCAGUGUACUGGAGCGCACCUCCAGUGCGCUGAAAGCCAAAUUAAAGGCAGAGCAAAAGCUGUUAGACCGUGCUCUGCUGGCUCACGUGAAGGAGACCCGGCUCAACUUGUUGCGAUUUGUCAAGUAUAAGAAGAAGCACUUGUGA